AUGGCGCAUGUCGGGGGCGUCAUCGCCUCGGCCAUCCUGGGUGUCGUGAGCAAACAGAUCAUGUCCGCCAUCAAAGGGCAGAUCAAGCUGCAGUGGAACUUCGCGAGCGACCUACAGAAGAUGAGAUCGUCGCUGCAGACGGUGGAGGCCCUGCUCGAAGACGCUGAGAGGCGGUCCAUCACGGAUCUGGCGGUGCGUCUGUGGCUGGGGCGGCUCAAGGACGCUAUGUAUGAGAUCUCUCACAUGAUCGAUGAUUUCGAAGUCAACAGCGAACCUGAUGCACAAAAGUGGUACCCUCAAACAACUGUUUUGAGGUUGAAAAUGGCCAAUAAGAUGAAGAACAUGAGAGGGCAGUUGAAGGGGAUCACAGAAGACCGCAUUCCUUUCACUUUCAUGCAAGAAACUGCCCCUCGCGUGCAGGAAGUCUGUUACAACCGGGAAACAACAGCGGCUGUGACGGAAGCACGAGUCGUAGGGAGGGAUAAGGAAAAACUGGAAAUCAUGGCUCGUUUGUCUGGGAGCAUCACAAAAGUGAUCACCAUCCUUCCGAUAUAUGGUAUUGGAGGCAUAGGGAAGACAACCAUGGCACAAUUAGUUUUCAAGGAUUCGGAGUUCAAAGAGUACUCUCGGGUGUGGGUCUAUGUGUCCGAGACAUUUGAUUUGAAGAAAAUUGGGAAUUCUAUAAUAUCACAACUAUCCAAUAGCAAUAGUCAGUAUACCGACCUUCAGAUGAUAGAAAAUAACCUUCAAACGCACCUUUCUGUUAAAAGCGUACUAAUCAUCUUAGAUGACCUGUGGGAGAGGGAACCGCAUCAGUUAGAAAGGUUGAAGACUAUGCUAGAGCUGGGUGAAGGGAGCAAAGUAGUGGUGGUAGUAACCACACGAGAUGAAUAUAUUGCACAAAAAAUUCAGACGGUGGGGCCAUAUAAGCUAGCUCCCUUGACAGAUGACAUUUGUUGGACUAUCAUAAAAGAUAAAACUUCCUUUGAAGCUAGAACUGACAGAGCGCUGUUAGAGCUGGUCGGGAUGGACAUUGCAAAGAAGUGUGCAGGCUUGGCUUUAGCAGCCCGAUCUAUUGGGUAUAUGUUGGACUCUAUGGAAUUUGAUGAAUGGGUGUCGGUGAACAACAGUGAGUUGUGGGACGUGCUUGCCUCAGAAGGAUAUUCACCUCAUCAUGUGCAUGCAUCCUUGCUACUAAGCUAUCGCAGUAUGAGUUCAUACUUGAAGCUAUGCUUUGGCUAUUGUGCAAUCUUCCCAAAAGGUCACUUUAUAGCUAAAGAAGAUCUAGUUCACCAAUGGAUUGCUCUUGGACUUGUGGAGCCACUGAGGGCACUCUCUAAUAAAUAUAGCAGUGAUAAAUAUAUUAAUCAGCUUUUAGGCAUGUCCUUCCUUGAACAACCAAAGUUGCCAUGGCUUGGGGACGACGGCAGUAUAUUCUUUAUCAUGCAUGACCUGGUGCAUGAUCUUGCAAGAUCAGUCAUGGCUGAUGAAAUUGACAUAGAUGUUCCUACCUGCCGAUAUGCAUGGCUGACAGAUCAGAGAAAGCUAUUUAAUUCAGCACUUAAUGGUGAUGCAUUUUCACCAGCCAAAUGUCUCCGUGUACUAGAUUUAAGCAGGUACUGCACACAAGAGUUGCCUGAUUCUAUUGGUCAACUGAAACAGCUGAGGUAUCUUGAUGCUUCAUGGAAGCUCAAUUUUUCGGUAUCACCACCAGAAUCUAUAAGGAUACCAAAAGCUCUGGGUGCCCUUACCAAACUCCAAUAUUUGAAUUUAUCACGUCGCAGAGAACUCAUAGGCCUGCCAAAGGUCAUCAGCAAACUCAUGGAGCUCCGGUAUUUAAAUAUAUCAACCUGCACGGGUUAUCAUUCACUGGGCAUCCCUUCAGCAAAUCAAACUUUCAUUGAUUGUAUUGGUGCCCUUCCCAAUCUGGAGCAGUUGGACUUGUCUUUGAACAAUUAUGGUUUUAGUGUACCUGAAAGUUUUAGCAGCCUCAAGAAACUGAACCUCUACGGCUGCAAUCGGAUUGCUAGCAUUCCAGAAGAUGUGGCGAAAGUGGAUAUUCAGAGGCUUUUUGGCUUGUUGGAACCGGUGGGAAACGAAAACAUCGUGUUUAACGUGCGUGAAGGUUAUAGUGAAUCCAGCAGCACUCUUUUCUUUCUUAAUCAUACAAAUCCUAAUGUGUUGCACAUCUUCAAUCUUGAAAAUGUGAAGUCAGUAGAAGAGGCACGCAGUAUAAGGUUGAUGGAGAAACAGAACAUUGAAAGUUUGAGUUUGCUGUGGUGCAGACGUGUGGAUUAUCUGAAACACAUGGAGUUGCUGACAGAGCUAGUGCCACCAAUCAAUGUAAAGCAUUUGAGGAUAAUAGGUUACGUGGAUGCCAUCUUUCCAUACUGA